GGGGGAGCCGGAACAUCUGCUGCGCGUUAAUGCGCGGUGGCGGCCGAGCUCCCUGGCUUCAAAGAGCUCUGGGCCGCGCCGCCUGCACCGGCUGGGGGUGGCGCCCCCCGACCCUCUCCGCUAGGAGGGGGCGUCUCGGCACCUCCCUCCCCCCACCUUGCCGGUCCCCAGCCUCCCCCGCUGCUCGGUGGGCCCUGGGGAGUCGGUUUCGGCCGCCACACACACAUACACAUGCAUGCACACACACACACACACACACACACACAAGUGCGGUUUCGGGCGACUCCGAAAGCUGGCGGUUUGGCGCGCGCCCCCCUCCUACUCGGGAGCCUGGGCGCGCAGGGGGGCGCGCCGGGGCUGCAGUUUGGCAAACAAAGACGGGGUGCUGGGUGGAGAGGGGGGAGAGGUGUUUUCUCGGGGGCCCUGAGCGUAGGGGUCUCCCUGACUCUGAGGGUCCCCCACAGCCGUCGCAGCUGGAUGGAGGGGGGGGGCUUGGCGGCUUCCGGCCCCGGGUGGGCCAGCAGGUGGAUCCCCCCUUGGAUGGAACCCCAGGGACCAGGCGGGGAAUCCCUGGGCUGAGGAUGGCCCCCGCUGCGGGUGGGGGAAGGGGCCACUUGCUAAGUUGCUGUGGAAGUCCUGGCCCGGUACUUGGCCUGCUUUCUGAAUAGGGGAUGGUUCUUGAGGGGGAGGGGCGUGCAGCGCCUGGCCCCCUCCCCCACCAAGGCCUGCGGCUGGGAGGGGCCUCUUUCUGGCUCCUGCUCUCCUCUUCGCUGGAUUUUGGGGUGAACCGUGCCUUAAAGGCACUUUGACAGCUAUUGGGAGUGGGGGGUCCCACCCCGUCCUGGGGGUAGAGCCUGGGAAGCCUGGAGGUGGGAGGGGGUUGAGAUCCCCCAGUGGGCCUCUCAGAAGGGGUCUGUGGGGCUGCCCCUGGGGCCCUGUCUCAGUCCUGUCUUCUUUCCUUGUCUCCGUAUGGCAACGGCUUUCCCUGCGUCCUCCCAGCUGGGAACCCCACAGGACCGCGCCCUGGCCCCUGAGCCUGCUGCAGCUGCUGGAGAAUGAACCAACCACAGGGGAUGGCGCCUGUGGGCUCGGACAAGGAACUAAGCGACCUGCUGGACUUCAGUGCGAUGUUCCCGCUGCCCGUGGCUGGCGGCAAGGGCCGGGCCACCUCCCUGGCUGGCGCACAGUUUGCGGGUGCAGGUCUCGAGGAGCGGCCCAGCUCAGGCUCCUGGGUCGCCGGCGAGCAGAGCUCCUCUUUCGACCCUGGCCGGACCUACAGCGAGGGCGCCCACUUCGCUGACUCCCCCGGCGGCCUCUCUUCGUCCACAUUCCUGGGACCCACGCUGGGCGGCAAGGGUGGCGAGCGGGGUGCCUACCCGUCUUUCGGGAGAGACGUGACUGUCGGCAGCCUGGCUCAGACCAGCUUCCUGUCCGGUGAGCUGGCCCUUGGCAGUCCCGGGCCACUGUCUCCCUCGGAUGUCAAGGCUGGCGCCCAGUUCUACGCCUCCUACCCCAGCAACCCCCGGCGGAGAGCCGCAGAUGGCAGCCUGGAUCCACAGCCCAAGAAAAUCCGGAAGGUUCCGCCUGGUCUUCCCUCCUCCGUGUACCCCCCCAGCUCUGGUGAUGACUAUGGCAGGGAUGCCUCCGCCUAUCCAGCUGCCAAGACCCCCAGCAGCGCCUACCCUGCCCCCUUCUUCGUGGCAGACAGCAGCCUGCACCCCUCCUCUGAGCUCUGGAGCCCCUCAGCCCCAGCGGGCUUCGGGCCCAUGCUGGGCGGGGCCUCGUCCCCCCUGCCCCUCCCGGCGGGUAGUGGUGGCACCUUUGGUGGCCUGCAGCAGCAGGAGCGCAUGGGUUACCAGCUGCACGGAGCUGAGGUAGACGGCGGGAUCCCGCUCCCAGCAGCACCCACCUUCCCCGGGGCACCCCCAGCCACCUACGGCAGCGUUGCCAGUCACACGCCCCCGGUCAGCACGGCCGACAGCCUCAUGGGCUCCCGAGGGACCACGGCCAGCAGCUCCGGGGAUGCCCUCGGGAAGGCGCUGGCAUCGAUCUACUCCCCGGACCAUGGGAACAGUAACUUCUCCAGCCCCUCCCCGCCUGUGGGCUCGCCGCAGGGCCUGGCAGGGACGCCGCAGUGGCCUGCAGCAGGAACCGCUGGUGCCUUAUCUCCCACCUACGAUGGGGGCCUGCAUGGCCUGCAGAACAAGGUGGAAGACCACUUGGACGAGGCCAUUCAUGUGCUGCGCAGCCAUGCCGUGGGCACGGCCAGCGAUGGGCACGGGCUGAUGCCCAGCCACGGAGCGCUGGCCCCUGGCUUCGCGGGCCUGGUGAGCAUGGGUCACGGGUUGGGGAGUGGGAUGAGGAGUGGUGGGGCUCUGUGCCACCCUGAUGUGCCCACUGUCCGUCAGGUGGGAGGCGGCCACUCUGAGGACGGCCUCGCGGGCAGUGCCAGCCUCCUGCACGGGCACGCGUCCCUGCCCAGCCAGCCCAGCGCGCUCCCCGACACCUACAGUGGACACGGGCGAGUGGGCGGCGUGGCGGGCGGCGGCGAGAUCAAGCGGGAGGCCGAAGAGGACGAGGAGAACGCGUCGGUGGCCGGCCACUCGGAGGAGGAGCGCAAGGAGCUGCAGGCGCGCGCCCGCAGCAGCCCAGGCGAGGAGGAGGACGACGACCUUCUGCCCCCAGAGCAGAAGGCCGAGCGGGAGAAGGAGCGCCGCGUGGCCAAUAACGCGCGGGAGCGUCUCCGCGUGCGCGACAUCAAUGAGGCUUUUAAGGAGCUGGGGCGCAUGUGCCAGCUGCACCUGAGCAGCGAGAAGCCCCAGACCAAACUGCUGAUCCUGCACCAGGCCGUGGCCGUCAUCCUGGACCUGGAGCAGCAGGUGCGAGAGCGGAACCUGAACCCCAAAGCAGCGUGCCUGAAGCGGCGAGAGGAGGAGAAGGUGUCCGCCGUGGUCGCAGACGCCGCCGCCAUGGUGCACCCGGCCGCCCAUCCGGGCCUGAGCGAGGCCCACCAUCCCGCCGGGCACCUGUGAAGGACCGAGCGGGUCGGGGUGCCGCGGCCCGGCCCCCCACGCCCGGAGCUGCAGCCGCGAACAAGAUGCCUUACGGCGCCGCGGAGAGGCCGUGCCGCGGGGCCGCCAGCGCCUGUGCCUAUCAUAGUUUUUUUUUUUUUUUAAGGAAAAUAAAGAAACUUAGUUAUGA